CUGGGUUGCCAGGGCUAGUAGGGCAGUCUCGGGACCGUGCGGGGACGAGGACGCACGGGCACAGGCGAGCGCGUGGCCGCGCCGGGGGCGCGCAGGGGAGGACCGACAGGAGAGGGAGUGGGAAGCAGAGAGCGAGGAGGGCGGCGCCGGCAGGUUGGCAGCGGCCGCUAUUUGAGCGCAGGUCCUGCGCUCGGCGCUCAGAGCGCUAGGAGCCAGCGCGGUGGGGACAUCGUACCGCGCAUCCCGCAGAGGCGCUGCGGCCGGUGCAGCCCCAGAGGCCCCGCGCGGAGCCGGCGGCGGCGGAGCGCAGGCCGGCUUGUCGCCCGCAGACUGCAACCCGCUGUCCGCGCCCCCCCAGCCGGUCGCCGCCACCGCCCCCUCUCCCCGCGGCACCGCGUCUUGAAUGGAAACAUGGCGGUGCCGGCUCGGACCUGCGGCGCCGCUCGGCCCGGCGUGGCGCGGACCGCCCGCCCCCGGCCCGGCCCCGGUCCCCGGCGCUCGGCGUCUGGGCCCGCGCGUCGGCUGUGGCUGUUUCUUCUCCUGCUCCUCGCCGCCCCGGGCGCCUCUGCCUACAGCUUCCCCCAGCAGCACACGAUGCAGCACUGGGCCCGGCGCUUGGAGCAAGAGAUUGACGGCGUGAUGCGGAUCUUUGGAGGCGUUCAGCAGCUCCGUGAGAUCUAUAAGGACAACCGGAACCUGUUUGAGGUACAGGAGAAUGAGCCUCAGAAGCUGGUGGAGAAGGUAGCAGGGGACAUUGAGAGCCUAUUGGACAGAAAGGUGCAGGCCCUGAAGAGACUGGCUGAUGCUGCAGAGACCUUCCAGAAAGCCCACCGCUGGCAGGACAAUAUCAAGGAAGAAGACAUCAUGUACUAUGAUGCCAAGGCUGAUGCUGAGCUGGAUGACCCUGAAAGUGAGGAUGUGGAGAGAGGGUCCAAGAGCAGCGCGCUAAGGUUGGAUUUCGUCGAGGACCCAAACUUCAAGAACAAGGUCAACUAUUCAUACACAGCCGUGCAGAUCCCCACAGACAUCUACAAAGGCUCCACCGUCAUCCUCAAUGAGCUCAACUGGACAGAAGCCCUGGAGAAUGUGUUCAUCGAGAACCGCAGGCAGGACCCCACGCUGCUGUGGCAAGUCUUCGGCAGUGCCACGGGAGUCACCCGCUACUACCCAGCCACCCCCUGGCGAGCCCCCAAGAAGAUUGACCUGUAUGAUGUCCGAAGGAGACCUUGGUAUAUCCAGGGAGCCUCGUCGCCUAAGGACAUGGUCAUCAUCGUGGACGUGAGUGGCAGUGUGAGUGGCCUGACACUGAAGCUGAUGAAGACGUCUGUCUGUGAGAUGCUGGACACGCUCUCUGAUGAUGACUACGUGAACGUGGCCUCGUUCAACGAGAAGGCACAGCCUGUGUCUUGCUUCACACACCUGGUACAGGCCAAUGUACGUAACAAGAAGGUGUUCAAGGAAGCCGUGCAGGGCAUGGUAGCCAAGGGCACCACAGGCUACAAGGCUGGCUUUGAGUAUGCCUUUGACCAGCUGCAGAACUCCAACAUCACUCGGGCCAACUGCAAUAAGAUGAUCAUGAUGUUCACGGAUGGAGGUGAGGACCGUGUGCAGGAUGUCUUCGAGAAGUACAACUGGCCCAAUCGGACGGUACGUGUGUUCACUUUCUCUGUGGGUCAGCAUAACUAUGAUGUCACUCCGCUACAAUGGAUGGCCUGCACCAACAAAGGUUACUAUUUUGAGAUUCCUUCCAUCGGAGCCAUCCGCAUCAACACACAGGAGUAUCUAGACGUGUUGGGCAGGCCCAUGGUGCUGGCAGGCAAGGAGGCCAAGCAAGUGCAGUGGACCAACGUGUAUGAGGAUGCACUGGGGCUGGGGUUGGUGGUAACGGGGACCCUCCCUGUUUUCAACCUGACGCAAGAUGGUCCUGGGGAAAAGAAGAACCAGCUGAUCCUGGGUGUGAUGGGCAUCGAUGUGGCUCUGAACGACAUCAAGAGGCUAACUCCCAACUAUACGCUUGGAGCCAAUGGCUACGUGUUUGCCAUUGAUCUGAAUGGCUACGUGUUGCUGCACCCCAAUCUAAAGCCCCAGGUGAGCCAGAGGGUGACCUGGAGGGUGGGUAAACCCUUUAAGAUGGGAACACCUGACUUCCUGCCUGGCCUCCCCCAGACCACCAACUUCCGGGAGCCUGUAACUCUGGACUUCCUGGAUGCGGAGCUGGAGGAUGAGAACAAGGAAGAGAUCCGGCGGAGCAUGAUUGAUGGCAACAAGGGUCACAAGCAGAUCAGAACAUUGGUCAAAUCCUUGGAUGAGAGGUACAUAGAUGAGGUGACUCGGAACUACACCUGGGUGCCUAUAAGGAGUACCAACUACAGCCUGGGGCUAGUGCUCCCACCCUAUAGCACCUUCUACCUCCAAGCGAACCUCAGCGACCAGAUUCUGCAGGUCAAGUUGCCAAUCAGCAAACUGAAGGAUUUUGAGUUCCUGCUCCCCAGCAGCUUUGAGUCUGAAGGACAUGUUUUCAUUGCUCCCAGAGAGUAUUGCAAGGAUCUGAAUGCCUCAGACAACAACACCGAGUUCCUGAAAACCUUCAUUGAACUCAUGGAGAAAGUGACUCCAGAUUCCAAGCAGUGCAACAAUUUCCUUCUGCACAACCUGAUCUUGGACACAGGCAUCACACAGCAGUUGGUGGAGCGUGUAUGGCGGGACCAGGAUCUCAACACGUACAGCCUGCUGGCCGUGUUUGCUGCCACUGAUGGUGGCAUCACACGUGUCUUCCCCAACAAGGCAGCUGAGGACUGGACAGAGAACCCUGAACCCUUCAAUGCCAGCUUCUACCGCCGCAGCCUGGAUAACCAUGGUUAUAUCUUCAAGCCCCUACAUCAGGACACCUUGUUAAGGCCACUGGAACUGGAGAACAACACAGCAGUGGGCAUCCUCGUCAGCACGGCCGUGGAGCUCAGCCUAAGUGGGCGCACACUGCGGCCAGCAGUGGUGGGUGUCAAGCUGGACCUGGAGGCUUGGGCUGAGAAGUUCAAGGUGCUUGCCAGUAACCGUACCCACCAGGACCAGCCUCAAAAGCAGUGUGGUCCCAACAGCCAUUGUGAAAUGGACUGUGAAGUUAACAAUGAGGACCUACUCUGUGUCCUCAUUGAUGACGGAGGGUUCCUGGUACUAUCAAACCAGAAUCAUCAGUGGGACCAGAUUGGCAGGUUCUUCAGUGAGGUGGAUGCAAACCUGAUGCUGGCACUCUACAACAACUCCUUCUACACCCGUAAGGAGUCCUACGACUAUCAGGCAGCCUGUGCCCCCCAGCCUACUGGCAACCUGGGUGCUGCACCCCGGGGUGUCUUUGUGCCCACCAUUGCAGACUUCCUUAACUUGGCCUGGUGGACCUCUGCUGCCGCCUGGUCUUUGUUCCAGCAGCUGCUGUACGGCCUCGUCUAUCACAGCUGGUUCCAGGCGGACCCUGCGGAGGCUGAAGGGAGCCCAGAGACACGCGAGAGCAGCUGCAUCAUGAAACAGACCCAAUACUACUUCGGCUCGGUGAACGCCUCCUACAACGCCAUCAUUGACUGCGGAAACUGCUCCAGGCUGUUCCACGCGCAGAGACUGACCAAUACCAACCUGCUCUUUGUGGUGGCCGAGAAGCCGCUGUGCAGCCAGUGUGAGGCCGGUCGCCUGCUGCAGAAGGAGACACACUGCCCAGCGGACGGCCCGGAGCAGUGUGAGCUGGUGCAGAGACCGCGCUACCGGAGGGGCCCACACAUCUGCUUUGACUACAACGCAACGGAAGAUACCUCAGACUGUGGCCGCGGAGCCUCCUUCCCUCCGUCGCUGGGCGUCCUGAUCUCCCUGCAGCUGCUGCUCCUCCUGGGCUUGCCUCCUCGGCCCCAGCCUCAAGUCCAAGCUCGCGUCGCCUCCCACCGCUUCUGAGGGUCUCGCCCCGACCCAGCCCCGCCCUAGCCCCGCCCUGGCCUCCUAGCCCCGCCCCUGUCCCACCCCCACACUCCAUCUGGGAACCUCGUCCCUUGCUCAGUGAAGGACUUCUGCUGGGUGGGAGGGGAGAGUCCCAAAGGAGGACGCCAGUCUUUGGCACCUAGGACCUAUCUCACUGCUGAACUAAAGUCCCCAGAUCCCGGACUCCAGCGGGCUCGGACAGGGAAGCCACACGUAUCAGUGCCAAACCAGGCCUUCCCUGCUGCGUCCCAUUGGGAGGUUUCCUCUGCCUAGGCAUCGUGCCUCUGUGGGACUACUCCAAUCGCCCCUCUGCCCCACCCAGGCCCAAACCUGUUUUCCCUGGAAAUAAUGGAUGAAGGUGAGAUGGCAGCAUAAGGCCUGUGCAUCCAAGCUGAAAUCCUGGUUGGGGAGAAGUUCUGGGGCAGCCCCCCAUGGAUCCCUGUCCCUUUCAGGCCUACAGCCUUCGCCCCCAGCCUACAGGUGUCAGGACAGUCGCACAGUGACAUCAGUUUAGACACAACCACACACACACCUGGAACCCAGAGACCAGAAGCUAGCCAUAGCCUAGAGGACAGACACAGACACGCAUUAUGGGAGAGGGGGCUCAAAAAGCCUUACACGGGGUGAGGAGUUGGUGGGAAGGUCGGCAUCUGCACGCUCCAUCUCCUACUCACCAUCUGCCUCAAAUCUGAGCUGCAGCCAGCCAGUCCUCCUGUCGCAAAAGCUGAAUGUCAAACAGUGCCAAAUGCUAGGGCAGAGGGGAGCCCUCUGUCCCACCCCAAGCCACCAAUGUCCUCCAAGUGCCCCUCACCUUGCCAGGUGCUCAUUAUAACCAUUUCUCACUAGUGUCAGGCCCCCAGAGGGACCACAUGCCACUGCCUGCACUCCUUGGCAGAGGAACCCCCACCAGACAUUGCCCUUUGCCUUACCAGGAGUGACUUGAUCUCUCCUGGCUGGGCCAUCCUGCCCCAAUCUGGCCUUUACACAUUGGCCUGUGCCUGUUCCCUGUGUUCUUCCCACUCAUACACACACACACACACAUACACACACACACACACACACACACACACACACACACACACACACUCACACACUCCUUGUCCCCAGGAGGCCAAACUGCUCCUCCCUUGUUGAACACACACUUGCACACAAAAUGUACACACAAGGCUGGGCCUGGCCACAUCUCUCCACACCAUUCAUUCUGGUCAUUUCCCCAAAGGUAUCCCAGCAUGGGGUAUGUCCAGUAGGGGACUGAGGGCAGGGGGAUGUAGCCAUGGUUCUCAGAUGGACUGGGAAGAGGGGUGAGAGUGAUACAUUAAUUAAUGGCUCCGUUAAUUAAUGUCAUGUUGCUUGUCGAUUUCUCAGUGUGUAUGUAUGGUCCAUGCCCACUGCUGAUGCCAGGGUGGGUAUCCAUGGUGUAUGCCCAGCCUGGAUGUCAGUUAUAUUCUGUGGGGGCGUGUGUGUAACUGUAGUGUAGUCAGGUGCUCAAUGGAGAUAUAAAAAUAAACAUAAACAAAAAUAAAUAUAUAUUUUAAGUUUAAAAAAAAACAAUUUCCAUCAGGUAGUUGUCCAACCCCCAGCUGGGUCUGAUCCUUCACAUCACCCACCUGACCUAGCUGCCCCUCACUCGGGCUGGGGGGUUAGGGGGCCAUUUCCUUUUCUCUGCCCUUUGUUUUUUUUUUUGUUUGUUUGUUUGUUUUGUUGUUGUUGUUCUAUUUUGUACAGAUGAGUCAGAAAAACAACAGCAACAAAAAAGUCAAGAUACUUUGUAAAAUAUUGUGUGUGUGAUUCCUUGUAAAAUAUUUUCAAAUGGUUUAUUACAGAAGAUCAGUUAUUAAAUAAUGUUCAUAUUUUCACUUCAAA